AUGAACACCUGUGUGGCCGAUGAAAAUGUGACAGAAGCCCUCAGGGCUCGGGGCUCGCCUGAGGGGCGGCUUCCCCUGAGGGGAACAGCGAGGCUCUGGUGCUCCCUUCCCCCGGCACCGCAUACACUCCUAAACUACGGAGCUUAUAAAAGCUUCACUCGCUUAAUCCUGUCGUUUUUUUCUGUUCCGCUGUUAAAACCUAAACACUCGUGCUCUUCCCGCCUGCCAGCUUUACUCAGCGUCUCUGACAAGACCAACCUGGUGGAAUUUGCGAAGAGCCUGAAUUCGCUUGGCCUGGGUUUAAUUGCCUCCGGAGGAACAGCCAAAUCCCUGAGGGAUGCUGGCUUGCCUGUCAGAGAUGUUUCGGACCUGACAGGCUUCCCUGAGAUGCUGGGUGGGCGUGUGAAAACCCUUCAUCCUGCAGUCCAUGCUGGCAUCUUGGCUCGCAAUAUUCCAGAGGAUAAUGCUGAUAUGAAGAAACAGGAUUUCAGCCUCGUAAGAGUUGUAGUGUGCAAUCUGUACCCCUUUGUGAAGACCGUGUCUUCUCCCGGUGUGACUGUACAGGACGCAGUGGAAAAGAUUGAUAUUGGGGGAGUGGCCUUGCUGCGGGCAGCUGCCAAGAACCACGCCCGUGUGACAGUCGUGUGUGACCCUGCAGACUACGCUGCGGUGGCCAAAGAGAUGGCAGCAUCAAGGGACAAAGACACUGCCAUGGAAACCCGGCGGCUGCUGGCUCUCAAGGCCUUCACCCACACUGCUCAGUACGAUGCAGCCAUCUCUGACUACUUUAGGAAGGAGUACAGCAAGGGAGUGUCACAGCUGCCCCUGAGGUACGGCAUGAAUCCUCACCAGAGUCCUGCUCAGCUCUACACCACGAGGCCCAAACUGCCCCUGACAGUAGUGAAUGGCUCUCCCGGGUUCAUCAACCUCUGCGAUGCCCUCAAUGCCUGGCAGCUGGUGAAGGAGCUGAAGCAGGCGCUGGGCAUUCCGGCCGCAGCCUCCUUCAAGCACGUCAGUCCCGCAGGUGCUGCUGUUGGAGUUCCACUCAGCGAGGAGGAGGCCCAAGUGUGCAUGGUGCACGACUUCCACAAGACCCUGACGCCCUUGGCCUCUGCCUACGCCCGGAGCAGAGGUGCUGAUCGGAUGUCUUCUUUUGGUGACUUCAUUGCCCUGUCUGAUAUCUGCGACGUGGCUACUGCCAAGAUCAUCUCCAGAGAGGUGUCUGAUGGUGUGGUGGCUCCUGGCUAUGAGGAAGAAGCUCUCAAAAUCCUUUCCAAAAAGAAGAAUGGUGCUUACUGUGUCCUCCAGAUGGAUCCUCACUAUGAGCCCGAUGACCUGGAGGUCCGAACCAUCUAUGGCCUGAACCUGAUGCAGAAGAGGAACAACGCGGUCAUCGACCGCUCGCUGUUCAAGAACAUUGUCACCAAGAAUAAAAAUCUGCCCGAGGCUGCUGUCCGAGACCUGAUCGUGGCCAGCAUCGCUCUCAAGUACACCCAGUCCAACUCUGUCUGCUAUGCCAAGGAUGGGCAGGUGAUCGGGAUGGGCGCGGGGCAGCAGUCGCGGAUCCACUGCACGCGCCUGGCUGGGGACAAGGCCAACAACUGGUGGCUGCGGCACCACCCCCGUGUGCUGGCCAUGAAGUUCAAGGCCGGUGUGAAGAGGGCUGAGAUCUCCAACGCCAUCGAUCAGUACGUCACCGACACCAUCGGAGAGGAUGAGGACCUGGUGAAGUGGCAGGCCCUGUUUGAAGAGGUGCCCAAGCAGCUGACGGAAGCAGAGAAGAAGCAGUGGAUUGCCAAGCUGUCUGGUGUGUCCCUCAGCUCCGAUGCCUUCUUCCCUUUUAGGGAUAACGUCGACAGAGCCAAGCGGAGUGGAGUGCAGUUCAUCGCCGCCCCGUCGGGCUCGGCUGCCGACGAUGUCGUGAUCGAGGCCUGCAACGAGCUGGGGAUCACCCUCAUCCACACCAACCUCCGUCUCUUCCACCACUGAGCCCUCUCUGGGCACAGCCUCACCAGCAGCCAGGACCUGAAUGUCACUGCUGCAACUGGGAGGCUCCUGCAGCCUGUGCUUAGCAAGAGCUGGUCACUGUGAAGAGGCCUUUCCCCGUGUUCAGGGAGAAGGAAGUGGUACAAGAUUGGCUUCCAGUGUAGAAAAUCAGUGUCUUUUGCAAAUAAACAUACAGUUGUUAGCUA